AUGUCGUUCAAGAGAGAGGGCGAUGACCCCAGCCAGCUCAAUGUGCUCAAGAAAAGGAGAGUCGCCGAUCUUCUGGCUCAUUACAUCCCAGAGGAUGAAGCCCUGCUCCUGAGGGAUGGCAGAUACGCCUGCACCGUGUGCUUCCACAGGCCCGUCUUCGACACCCUUGACAUGCUCACGGUCCAUCGAUCUGGAAAGAAACACCUUGCCAGCUUGCAGAGGUUCUAUGGGAAGAAGCGUUCCCUGGAGGGUGAAGUGCAGAAACGCCAGCACGAGGCCUACCUCCAGGCAGAAGAAAUUGGUGCCCAGGCUUCCCCAGGCCCCGCUCCGUUGCUUCUGCAAACCAAGAAAAUUGCCCAGAAUGCUUUGCUGAAAACCGUGCCCUAUAACAGCUGCUGUCGACGGAACAGGCAGGCAGGAAACGACUCCGGCUUAGACGGUUCGAGGCCAGGUGCCAACAUCAGAACCAUGGAGGGAGGUGAGCUGUGGAAUCCAAGCAGUGCGACCCAGGUGGACAGAGAGGGACCCACCAGGGUGGACGCCACUCCCAGCGCAAAUCUGCCUGGAUCUGCUAACACAGCCACAGAUGUGCAGAAAGAAGCUUCUCCAAGGUGUGAGAAGAAGGGCAAAGGGAAGGCCUCUUCUGCCACAACGCUUCAUUCCCGGCCUGAAGACCUCACUCCAGAGAAGCGGCAGGCCCUGGAACAUUACCUGCAGUUGAAAAGUUCUGGUUGGAUCCAAGAUGGCUCCAGGAAGUGGAUAAAAGAUGAGAAUGUGGAGUUCGACUCUGAUGAAGAAGAGCCCCCAGCACUGCCACCCUCUUGA